CAGAGUUGACUCAUUUUAGACCAUUCCAUUGGUCCUGAAUAAAAAUCUCCACACAUCAGGAGCACCGGGCUAUGAAAAACUAAUCCGACCACUUCUUCGCUGUCUAAAAAGUGUACAGUUUGGUAAUGUAACGUUAUCGAGUUAAUUUCGCCGGAAUCAUAUGUGCUUUCGGUUUAUAAUUUUUUUUUUUUUUAACUUAGAAGCCCUGCGACACGGAAACAAACUAACGCAACAUGCAUGAAGAUUGAAACAGACUUGCAUCGUAGUUGCAGGACAAGCCGCAGCUUCUGAGCGGGGUAGAUGCAGGGAGGGAGGGAGUAAAAAAGUCUUUGUGCUUCCCCUCCCCCUCAUCAAAGCAAAGGGGGAAAUGUCUCUUUCUAAAGGAGGAAAGAAGAAGAACCCAGGCCUCAAGCUCUCCAAAGAGGUCUUUGAUCAGCCCCCACCUGCAGCCGCGGCCCCCCCUCGAGAUCUGGAUUCCAAAGCCUGUGUUACCAUUGGAGAAAAGAACUUUGUUGUGAAGGCAGAUGACUUGGAGCAGAUUGGGGAGCUGGGUAGAGGAGCGUAUGGCGUGGUGGACAAGAUGAGACAUGUGCCCAGUGGGCUUAUCAUGGCCGUCAAGAGGAUCCGGGCCACAGUGAACACCCUGGAGCAGAAGAGACUGCUGAUGGAUCUGGACAUCUCCAUGAGGACCGUGGACUGCUUCUUCACGGUCACCUUCUACGGCGCUCUCUUCAGAGAGGGUGACGUGUGGAUCUGCAUGGAGCUGAUGGACACGUCUCUGGAUAAGUUGUACAAGCAGGUGAUGGAUAAAGGCAUGACCAUCCCUGAAGACAUCCUGGGGAAGAUCACUGUAGCGAUCGUCAAGGCCUUGGAGCAUCUGCAUAACAAACUGUCGGUGAUACACCGAGAUGUGAAACCGUCCAACGUGCUGAUCAACACACAGGGCCAGGUGAAGAUGUGUGACUUUGGCAUCAGCGGCCACCUGGUGGACUCUGUGGCCAAGACCAUGGACGCCGGCUGCAAGCCCUACAUGGCGCCAGAACGGAUAAACCCCGACCUCAACCAGAAAGGCUACAGCGUUAAGUCAGACAUCUGGAGUCUAGGAAUCACAAUGAUUGAGCUGGCCAUUCUGAAGUUCCCCUAUGACUCGUGGGGUACACCCUUCCAGCAACUGAAGCAGGUAGUGGAUGAGUCCUCUCCACAGCUGCCCUCGGACCGCUUCUCCCCUGAGUUUGUGGACUUCAGCUCCCAGUGCUUAAGAAAGAAACCCAACGAGAGACCCGCCUACACUGAACUAAUGCAACACCCCUUUUUCACCCUGCAUGACUCCAAAGAGACGGACGUAGCCAGCUUUGUCAAGAUCAUCCUGGCAGACUGACAGGCUCCUCCACCCACCAGGGUAGGAGAUAGGCGGGACUUCUCCCCCACCCACCAAUCCAAGGCCUUUCAGAAAGCUCACUGGAAUUGAUCUGCCACACAACUCCAACUUUCUUUCCCCAAAGACUGACGACAGCUCACAGAGGCCACGUGGGAAAGCGCUUGUAGUAUGAACUCAAGAUGUUGAUGGUGUCCACCCAAACUGGAGAUGGUCAACAAACCUUUCCCCCCCUCUACUCCUACAAACUGAACUGAUUCAAACUCCUCACUGUACCAGUUUUCUGAUUGGACAGUGUCUGUCAGCAGGAAGAAAAUCUCUCUUCACACAUACUGUAUGUCCAUCACUCUGAAUUACACAGAAAGAGAAAAAGAAUUCUGUGAAAUGUGUACGUCUCUGUAUGAUGAAUUGAAAAGAUAUAUAUUUUUCAUUUAUGCGUUUUUGUUUUUCCUGAUACAGUUUGUAAUACUGUAUAUUUUCAUCAAAUAUGAAUUUAAGGGUGUGUCUUUACUCUUUCUGAAUGGUAUCAUGAGGGGAAGAGGUUACCUACAUUUCUCGUCAGGUCUUUUGGUGAUUGGUCAGUAAUGGGACGGCAGCUGCUGUCGUCGGGCAGGGUUUUGGGAGGCUCUGGAGGGGUCAGACUCAGUAAGUUUCUUUGUAGAGGGAAGUUCGAAGGUGUGACUGGGGGCCCUGUACAAAAGGAAUUGCAAGUCCUACCUAGGUCUCUUUGGUGGCAUGGGAAUGCAAGGCAUCCGUUAUCAUCUGACCCUAUAUACAACCCCAUCACCCAUCUGUAUAUGCCCCUCUGCCCCGCCCCUUCCUAACCAUCUGUAUAUGCCCCUCUGCCCCGCCCCUUCCUAACCAUCUGCUCUGUCACCAAGAGUGCUGUAAAGAGUAUGUGAACAGUGUAUUCUCAUAUAGUACAUGGACUUGUAAUUGGGGGAAUGAUAAUGUAACUAUCCAGACUAUGCUGUAUUUAUCUUCCAGUCCCUCCGAGCCGUUUUAAAAGCUGUAUUUUCAUUAUUAAUUGUGACUAUUAUCACUUGGUUUCCUGGAUGUGGUUGGGGGCUGCUGUUUGAUCCAUUUUAACUUUUACAUUUUUCUCAAUUUCCGUUCCCCGAGUGGCGGACAGGAGCGUGUCAGUAUGGUGUUUGGUCCCUGAAGCACAGAGAGGUCUACGAAGCCUCAUGCCUUACACGGACAGUAUGUCAGGGAACAUCCGUUAUGUGUGUUGAAGAUGUAAAUACUGUUUUGUCUUUUUAAAUGUAACGUUGGCAACGUGGCGGCAGAGAGGACGUGUCGUCGUGGUUACGCGGCUGAUUGAUGUGUUGUCGCUGGUUUUAACGCAGUCGGUGUGUGAGAGAGGCAAACGCAGCCUGCUGACUCCUCCUGUAAUCAUCUGUUUGAUCGAUCUGCUGCAGCCACCUCUCAGGUUUCAACGCCCUGCUUGAAGUCAGCGGAGGCGGCCAUGUUUAUUUCCCCACCAUGUUGUACCUCUCUUCAGCGCUGGGUUGUGUUCAUUAGGCACCAAACGGAAGAAAACAAACAGUGAGGAACUACCUGGACUUGGUCCGAAUAAGAAACGCUAAUGUUUGGUUCCACGUUGCAAAAUGUUAAACACUUCCCGUUGCCUGCCCCAAUGAACGCAACCCAUUAUGGUGGAAGACUACUUAUGUGUGAGAUCAUGCUAGGCUGUGAAUGGGUACCUGCCAUCUAGGCUUGAAUCCCAAAUCGACCCCCCCCCCCCCCCAAUCCCUAGACAAUCAUCUAGGUCUGAGACCGAUUUGGAGGUAUGAGCACUAUAACAAGGUGAAGUAAUCAGCAUAUUGGUUCCAGUUUCCACUCCAUUCUUUCUAGAAGUGCCCUGGGGAGUAGGGAGGCUCUGGGUUGAUCUGGAACUCAACCCUCUGGACUCUGCCGUGGCCCUCAGGUCUUCCAUCAGGACUAUGAGGAUCCUGCCAUGUGACCGCCAGUGGUGGUGGUGGCACUUGCCCUUAGUGUUUUUAGGGUGCGCCCAAAAGGAUGCCCUAUUUCCUGUCUCUUCUUUCUAGGGAACCGGGUGCCAUUUCAGACGCAGCCCUGGUCUGUAACUGGUAAGCCUACCCGGUCUUCUCUCAGCCUCUCUGAUGUACAUUGUAGUGGGCUUCUUAUCAAAGUUGGUGGAUGAGGAGUAUUUAUAAUAUGUGAGUAAAGAAGGGAAAGCAAAUAAAGAGCUGCUGUGAUUUGA